UUUGCAUUUAUUAUUGAUAUAUAAAAUGAGUUUAAUAUAAUAUUUCAUCUUUUUCUUGAUAAAGGUCUGGUCCAUAAGUCACAGAUGUCUAAAGCUAGGGUGGAGGAUCCUUCAGAAAUGUUAGCUGUUGGAGAGAUGGUGUAUUGUAAAGUUGUGUCAGUAGAGGGAGAUAAGAUUGGACUGUCUAUGAAGGUUAUCAACCAAACCACUGGUAAAGAUGAGGAUUCAGAAAAUGUUCAACUUAGUUUGGAUGAAAGAAAAAACAGGAAAGGGUUUCGGAGUGAGAGAGCAAAAAUAGAAUUGGUUGCUGUCUUUGGUACAACAUGCAAGAGGUGUGGUGGCCAUGGACAUUUGGCUCAAGACUGUUUCCAUGCAAAAGGAGGCAAGGCAUAUGAACUAAUACCAGAAGAUGAAGUUAUUUCACCUAGUAAAGAAACAGAUACUUCAUCUAGUAGGAAAAGAAAAAAGAAAGAAAGAAAAGAAAAGAAAGCAAAGAAAUCUAAAAAACACUGUCAUAGUGAUUCAUUAUCAGAAGAUGAAACAGGAAAAUCUCAUAAAAAGAAACAUAAAAAACACAAACACCACCAUCAUAAACAUGAAAAGAAGAGUCGGCAUGAUAACAGCAGUUCAAGUAGCAAUGGAUGAACAUUUUACACAUUUUCUAAAACUAUUAUAUGUACUGUUUUUUAUAUAGAAUAAUGAUUGAUGAUUGUUGAGAACAUGCUAAUAUCUGUGUUUAGACAGUGUGGUUCAAUAGAGUAUGUUCCCUCUAUAGGGAAUUUUGACAUUUUAUCAUUGUUGUAUCCUUAGAAGAAACAAUCUACAUUAAGUUGAGUUAUGAAAAUUACAAAAUGCAUUGAGUUAUUUAUUAGAACAUGAUUAGUUACAAGUGUUUGUGAAGAAUUUAUUAAGUAAUAAUGUGUCAGUGUGCAAGAGGAAAGGUUCAUGAAAUGAUUCAUAAAAUCACCUUUUUUGCCAUUCCAUAAUUAGUUUAUUUAAAGAGAAAAACUACAAAAAAUUAUUCAAAGUAGAGUCAUGAUGAGCCCCUAGAUAUUCCAAUGUUUUAUCAUUGAAAUCGAAAUCUUCAUCUUAUUACAUAGACUUGUCAUAACUGAUUAUUUUGCUUGUUUCUUCUUUAACAUUUUAUACUGUAAUGUGAUGCAUACUGCUGUGACCAUUUUUUUUACUCAAA